GCUCAUUUGCCAGUGAUACUCUAUACAGGGCCCUUUGAUGAACGCCAAAUCAUAGAGUAACGUCGAUGCAAAUUUUGUUGUGUGAAACUGUAGUCAUGCAUGUGUGUGCGACCUGGUGAGUAUCACUCCACACACACACACACACAGGAAGUUUCAGGCAGCUUGCUGGCACCUCUCUGUAUUAAGCCAGAGCAUCAUUUACAUAAAGAGGAAGCCGCAAAUGAGUGUGUAUGUGGGAUGGAGGUGGGAUGGGGGGAGCAUGUGAUGUCACAGCAGGACAGAUCAGGUUUAUGUUCUGCAAGCUGCACAGCAUAGACACACUUCUGGACGUGAAGCUCGACCUCUCCAUCCACCUGCUCCCGCAACUCGCAAGGUCAUCAUGAACCUCGUAGUGGUGGAAAACAUCUACCUCCUGGUCAUAGUCACCCUAAUCAGUGUACUUCAGAACGCAUUCUUCGCCCUGAAGGUGGAGAAGGAGUGCAAAACUCAAAAUGUCAACGCAGCUGCUUUUGAACGAGUCUCUUGUGCCAAUCGCAACUGCAUGGAUGCUUAUCCCACUUUCCUGGCAGUGAUGUGGUGUGCCGGUCUGUGUCUCAGUCAAGCGCCUGCUGCCUUUGCCGGGAUCAUCUAUCUUGUAGUCAGGCAGAAGUACUUUGUUGGAUACAUGGGACAAACCUCUCAAAGCACUCCAGGCUACCUGUUUGGAAAACGCGUCCUCGGCUUCCUGUCCCUGAUGUGCAUUGUGGGCAUCUCCAGCUACCUGCUAGUGCGCUUCUACGGCAACGGCUAUAAGGAAUACGUAGAGACCAUCGCCAACGCUGCAUCUGCUCUUCUCCUCAUCCCUUAGUCCAGUUGGUGUGUGUCACAUAAUGGCAACCCCACAUUUAUCUUUUAACUUAUGAGAACUCAAUUAAA